AUGGCCAGCGUCGAGAGCAGGGCGGAGGCUGUGAAGGCGGCGAUUCGCGAUGGAACGGCCUCAUCGUCGACAGUCGCCAUAUUACAGCAUUUGUUAGGCCUCAGAACACGACCAGAAACAAGCACGGAAGCGACACUAUUGGCAUCACGAAACCCCAAGACCAAGUCUUCGGAUCCUCAUCAUCAUCCUCCAGUACUGGCACAAAUGCAACUUUUUUCGGAGCUUCUCCAAUCUGGUGAUCAGGCCAUGGAUGUGAAGAAGACCAUUACCGAUUCACUGGCGAAGAGUAUGAAUACUUUAAUCCGAAGACUGCCACCAGGGGCGAUUGGACCUAGUAUGCUAAAAACUUGCCAGAGCGCGUGCCAAGGCUUGAUCGAUCUCCACGAUGCACCAAGUGAAGACUGCAGUGCUACAUUUGCAAUCAGCCUCACAAUGUCUAUACUUGCUGAGCGAGCAGGCGACCCUGAUCAAGCCUGUCUAUAUGCUGAGCGAGCGAAUGCACAAUGUACUGGGCUCGAACGAAACCAUGCGCGAGUCGUUGCUGGACUUGCUCGAUUUUGCAGCGCGAACCUAGUGCUCGAAAACAACACAAAGGAAGACACUGGAUCGUUGAAUGCAGCAAAGGAAGUUGAUUUGUUGUUGCAGCAGAGUCUCUCCGGAAGCGCAUCUGAUUAUGAGACACUGCUUGGCGAGCUGGCACAGCUUCUCAAGUGCUUCUUAGACACCAACGACGACAAAUAUGGCCAUCUUCAUUCCACAAUCGCAAUGUCCGCAGCGAGCUUCGCGUCUCGGUAUGCGCGCUUAUCCCCUGGAAAACAACCUACGCUCAUCAGAGACAUCAUCUCAGUGGCUCUUCGUGUCAGUAGAACGAACGAGGACCUCCUGAAAUGGGUCACGAAAGACACAGCCCAUGCCCUAGUGCGAGGCGACAUGCUGCAGAAAGUAGCGGAAAGGGCGGCGCACGAAUCGCUGGCACGAGCUUGGUCAUGCUCGAGAGCGGAGAUGGGGCUAAGCAGAGUUCUCAGUGGUGUCGUCUUGAAAGCGGCGAUUACAUCUGCGGAGAGAAGUGUCGACGCGAUCUAUGAUGACGAGAACUUGGGACAGGAGGAACGUGGUGUGGUCCUAGAGUGGCAGCUCGAACAGGCAAGUGAGCUGAUUCAUAAGCCCAAGUACGACAAAGCGCUCGGAGCAUUGCUUGCUGAGCUAUCAGCUCGACUCGCACAGGUGUAUGCGCCGUCGGCCCACCCGAUUCGACGAGCGCGAGUGCUAGCGAGACUCAUGCGGAUUCGUGCUGUCAAGCCAGAUCUACUCUCUUCGGACUCACUACAUGCCCUCACGAGCAUCAUCGUCGACGAUGAACUAGACGGCGACGACGGUCUCAAGCCAUAUCUGGACGAUAUACGUGUCUCGAUUGCAGUGGCACGCCUCUUUGAAGAUGGCAAACCUGACAGCGAAGCUCUUGGGCCCCAUCUCUCUAUCUGGCAACGAUUGUUGAAUGGCUGCAAGAAUGCGGAUGCUCUGCAUCGAGUGGUAGACAAUCCUGCAGCACUGGCGCAACAACUUACGUCCCUUGGCGACUACUUCGGCUCGCUAGGAGACAACGCAUCGCAACUGAAGCUUUCACGCUUGUUGUGUCAAGUUCAGCAAAUUCUGGGCCAGCCCGAACAUAUCUGCGCAGGACUUGUACGCACAACUCGUAGCUACCUCUUGCUAGGAUAUGCAGAGAAAGCCGCAUUGUGUCUUCAACAAGCACGCGAGAUUGUCGAGGAAGCCGAUAGCGCAAGCCUCGCUGCCUUGGAGUACCACAUCACUGCCGCUCAAUAUCUGUUGUGUGUCGAUGAGCCGGAGAAAUGCAGCAAAGCUUUACAAAAAGCUGCCGAGGUGCGCGCUCAACUGACCGCGCAGGCCCUUCGAUCACACCAGAGCAAAGCAUACAGGUUGGCCCACGUUCGGGGGUGGCUGGUGCAGUCGCAGUACCUACAUGUGUCUGGGCAGCCUCGUGAAGCCCUGCGGGCAGCGAAGCGUUCUGUCCAGAUCGCCAACAAUAUCUGGGCUGGACUGGAGAAAUGUGCGCCCACUACUGGUACCUCACCGUUGCAACGAAAUGAGAACGGUGCACGACCAGUGGACACACUCGCCAGAGGCAUCAGCAAGCUGAACCUCACGUCAAAUGGGCCCGUCUCCGACAAGUUGUCCGUUGCGACGUCCUCCACAGGUGCGGCGUUCUGGGCUCUUGUUCCACUCAUGUGUCAAGCGCUGAUGCAUUUGGCGGAUGUCUUUACACACCAUGGUGUCUUCGCCGAGGCAAACUACUCCUCCGAACAAGCAACCAGAAUCGCAGAACAGGUCCAGUCGCACGAAAUGCUAUCCCUGGUGCGCUACCAUCGAAGUCUUCUCCUUACCAGAGCUGGGAAAGUGGAAGAAGCAGAGUUGUGUCUUGCUUACGAGCAAGAUAGCACCAGGCUCCUGUCGCCGCUCACGAAGGCGCACCAGCUUCGGGCCAAGGCCAUGAUCAGUGCAAAGAUUGGUGACAUUGCGGAGGCAUCAAUACUUUUGCGGAAAGCUGAGACAAUCGUAAAACAGAUCCAAUCAGAGCCAUAUAUCUCUAGCCUCGAGACAUAUCCUGACGAUACACAGGCUGGCACUGCAUCUUUGACUGUCAGCCAGAAGCCGGUCAACAGUCGCCAGAAGGCUGUGACAUCCAAACCGAGGGUAGCUACACGACGGACGGCCAAGGUCGUACACGCGACAGCGAAUCCGCUCAACAAGAAGCCUAUCGCGGCAGCAGUGCCAAAGGAGAACACUGCGUGGGGAGCUUGUUACGUGCUUCAAAAGCUAGAGGCACAAGUGAUGCUACAGGAUGCCAUUCUCUCCACGCAAGUCGGGAGUACUGAUGCACAGAACGUCAGCUGGCGAACAGACUAUUGCAAGAUCUUCCCAGAAACUUUUGCGCGACGCCAGUUAGGCUACUUGGCAGCUAUGCGAGAGGCAGAGGUCGCCAUCAAAGGAGACUUGACCUUCAAUGCAUUGGCAGAGUCGACGCUCGCAUUUCCCGCACUCCAGGCGGCGCAACGUGGACUGCCUAGUGUCGCUUCCACACUGCAGCUUGUGGACAAACCAGCGUCGAAAGGUCUCAAAGUCGCUAAGAGCAAGGUCUCGCAUGAGGCGUCCCUGAUAAAUCUACUCGUCACCGCGAGACAAUGCCUCAACAGUGCUACCACCAGCUCACAGCCCUUAAGUACAAUCGAGACACAUACGCAAUGUGCUUUGCUUGCAGACACGGCGAUGGUACUAUCAGCUACUGCGACAUCUAAGGCGUCAGAAAUCUUGCAUCCGGUUCAAGAGACAUUGAAUAUUGAGCUACCGCGGAUCCAUGCGGCGCAUUGUAUUUCCAGGUCGGCCAAGCUCGACAGCGAUAUCACCCAGUCAUCCGAAUUACUCCUCUGGCCGCAGCUGGACGAACACAAGGCUACUCCGCAGCUCACUGCAAGACAGUUCCAGGACGAUUAUAUCAACAUACUGCCAUUGCCCUGGACAGCCGUGUCGCUCAGUCUCAAUGAGAAAUGUGAUGAGCUUUACGUUGCUCGGUAUAGAAGCGGGCAAACGCCGCUACUGAUUCGACUUCCCUUCUCGCGCCAGAAGUCUGAGGACGAUGACGAGGGUCUCUUCGACUUUGAGGCAGGGAAAGCUGAGCUCCGGGAAAUUAUCGAGCUGUCGAACUAUAGCUGCCAUAGUUCAAUUGAAACCAACGCAAAAGGGGCAAAGACCAACUGGUGGAGCGAACGAGAGGCUCUAGACAGACGACUCCAGGGGCUGCUCAUAAAUAUCGAGAACAUCUGGCUAGGCGGAUUCCGUGGAGUGUUCUCUCAGCACGAUAGGAAUGAUAGCGGCUUGAGCCAGUUCCGGAAGGCCUUCGAGAGUACUCUGGACCGCCAUUUGCCCUCUCGAAAGGUUCGAGGAUCCAAGAAACUUGCCCUCGAUGACCAGAUUCUCGAGUUAUUCAUUGGCCUUGGUACGGAUUUGGAUGGCGAGGUCGAUCUCGAUGAACUUCUUGCAGACUUGUUGUACUUUGCCGUCGACAUGCUGCAGUUCAAUGGCGAACGGAAUGCUUACGACGAGAUCGAUUUCGACAGCAUGGCUGUGGAGGUUUUGGAUGCUCUCCGAACAUACUAUGACAUCGUAGGUGAGCAGAGUGAUGCUGCGCAUCUAAUACUGGUGCUCGAUCGACGCCUGCAGGCCUUCCCGUGGGAGAGCAUGCCAUGUAUCGAGAAGUCAAGUGUCAGUCGUGUGGACAGCAUGUUGACGCUUCGUGAGCGGAUCAUGACCAUGCGGAUGUCUGCUCGCCAGGAUGACACUGGAGGCUGCUACACAAUAUCGAAGUACUCGGGUGCAUAUAUUCUGAAUCCAUCUGGAGAUCUUAAGAGCACGGAGGCCGUACUCGCCCCGGAGCUAUCACAGCUAUCAUACGCCGAUGGAACGCCCUGGACUUCUGUUGUCAAGCGCGAGCCCAGUGAGGAAGUAUUCAAAGCUGCUCUGCGGACGUCUUCACAGCUGUUGUACUUCGGGCACGGUGCCGGGUCGCAAUACAUCCGCCCCAGAGCAAUUAGGAAACUGGAGAAAUGUAGUGAGGUGGUCUGGCUGAUGGGUUGUUCGUCAGGUGCCGUAACCGAGUACGAUGAGCUCGAACCCUUCUCGGUACCUAUGGCAUACCUGCAAGCGGGCCAGGCAUCUUCAGAGCAUCCUUCGCAAUGUAUGGCUGUGCUUGCCACGCUGUGGGAUGUGACUGACAAGGAUAUUGAUCGCUUCUCGCUCGCGGUCGGACAGGAAUGGGGCCUCUGGCAAGUCCCGGCAGAUGCAACCAAGGUGCCUGCAAAAACACCUCGAAAGCGCACGUUGGCCGCCCCUGUGACUCCAGAUAGGACCGCAAAGAUGCCAAAGACGCCUAAAGCGCGGAAGACACCUGGGCCGGCACGGACGCCGGCUAGGAGCCGUAGUCGCGUGAGAUUUGAGGGAGGCAAACAGCAGAGCCUAGUGGAGGCUGUAGCAAAGAGUCGGGACGCGUGCUUUUUGAGAUAUCUCAAUGGCGCUGCGCCGGUUGUGUAUGGUGUUCCCGUCUACUUGGGUGACUAGCACGGUGGAACACUGCUAGCAGUCAGUGGCUUUUCAGCAUAGCAUUUGAGCGCGGCGUUGGAAAGGCGGAUCCGGUACUGGUGUAUAGAAAGUCGUUGUAUUCCUCAACAAUGCCGCCUGAAGGUCCUUAAUCA